GAUUAAAGAAAAAGGAAUUAUGUUCAGCAGAUAAUUAGGUUCUUUAAAUAGGUGCAAGAAAAACCACUCCACCAAUUUUAGUGUUAGAAAACGUUUGCUAGAAGUUUAGUUUUGAUAGUAAAGGGUUUUAUUGCUAUAUGUUUGAGUAGCUAAAAUAUCUGUUCAGCAAUAUUGUGAAAUAUUCAUGUUCUGAACUGAUAAAGGAAACUAUUAAGCGAUUGGUUCACAGACUUUGCAGACAGCAAGAGCUGUAAAUAAAGUAGUCACUGUUUGUCAUCCCAAGUCCUGGUUAGAGGAAAACUUAAGACAGCCAGUGUUUAAUGUGUGGGUUUUUUUCUUUUUGAGAUAGAGUGUGGGCUAGGAAAGGGUUCAUGACAGGAACUUUAUGUUGUAAAUAAGAAAGUGACAGAAAAGACAGAGCUUAUAUAUAGGGUUUGUGAAUAGCUGAAAUGCUGGCAAACCAGCAGUAAAAAGAAAACAAGAUUUCUUCUAGAGUGCUUUCUAAAACCAUUCUAAUGGAAGGAGAGGCAAUGGGGAAUUCAGCGCCAGGCGCAAAGAGGACUGUCAGCAAAGCCAUUCGGAUAGCCCUUGGCAUGCUCAUAAGUGGUAUUAUAGUACUUGGCAUUGCACUUUUCCUAGUUAGCCAAGGACUUAUAAACCUUCAUCCUAAGCAACAGUAUUGCUUGACUUCAGAAUGCAUUGAAGCUGCGGCCUCCAUCUUAAGUAAAAUAAACCAGUCUGUGGAUCCCUGUGAGAAUUUUUUUCGGUUUGCCUGUGAUGGCUGGACGUCUAAUAAUCCCAUUCCUGAAGACUCGUCAAACUAUGGAGUUUAUCCUUGGCUGAGGAACAAUGUGGACCUCAAGUUGAAAGCACUGCUACAGAAACCUAUCAGCAAGAGACGGGACAGUGAAGCUGUACAGAAAGCCAAGAUCCUUUACUCAUCAUGUAUGAAUGAGAAUAAAAUUGAAAAAGUUGAUGCAAAGCCACUGUUAAGUAUACUGAAGCAUUCGCUGUUCCGUUGGCCUGUGCUGGAGUCUAACAUCGGACCUGAAGGACAAUGGUCAGAAAGGAAAUUCAGCAUGCUCCAGACCCUUGCAACUUUUCGUGGUCAGUACAGUAACUCUGUCUUCAUCCGUUUGUAUGUGGCUCCUGAUGACAAAACCUCCAAUAAACACAUCUUAAAGCUAGACCAAGCAACCCUGUCUCUAACCGCACGGGAAGAUUACCUUGAUAAUACCACAGAAGCUAAAUCUUACAGAGAAGCCUUUUUGCAGUUCAUGGUUGAUAUUGCAGUGCUUUUGGGUGCUAAUGCCUCACGGGCAGAGUCUGAUAUGAAGUCAGUUCUGAAACUGGAAAUUAAAAUAGCUGAGAUAAUGAUUCCACAGGAGAAUCGAACCAGUGAGACUAUGUACAAUAGAAUGAACAUAUCUGAACUUAGCACCAUGAUCCCUCAGUUUGACUGGCUGGGAUAUAUCAAGAAGGUGAUUGACACUAAACUCUACCCUCACCUUCAAGAUCUAGGUCCUUCAGAAAAUGUGAUUGUCCGUGUGCCCCAGUACUUCAAAGACUUGUUCAGGAUACUAGAAAAAGAAAGGAAAAAGACUAUUGCCAACUAUCUGGUAUGGAGGAUGGUUUAUUCAAGAAUAUUUAACCUCAGCCGACGCUUUCAGUAUAGAUGGCUGGAAUUUUCGCGGGUAAUCCAGGGAACCACAUCUUUACCUCCUCAGUGGGAUAAAUGUGUAAACUUUGUAGAAGGAGCACUCCCUUAUGUCAUUGGCAGGAUGUUUGUGGAUGUCCAUUUUCAAGAAGACAAGAGAGAAAUGAUGGCAGAGUUGACUGAAGGGAUUCGCUGGGCCUUUAUCGACAUGUUGGAAAAGGAAAAUGACUGGAUGGAUGCAAGAACAAAAAGGAAAGCUAAUGAAAAGGCAAAAGCGGUUUUGGCAAAAGUGGGCUACCCUGAGUUUAUAAUGAAUGACACGUAUAUUAAUGAAGACAUCAAAACAAUGAAGUUUUCAGAAAAUGACUACUUUGGCAACGUAUUGCAGACCCGCAAAUAUCUGGCCCAGUCUGACUUCUACUGGCUUAGAAAAGAAGUUCCAAAAACAGAGUGGUUUACUAGUCCAACCACUGUCAACGCUUUCUAUAGUGCAUCAACCAACCAGAUCAGAUUCCCAGCAGGAGAACUCCAAAAGCCUUUCUUUUGGGGGACAGAAUACCCUAGGUCUUUAAGUUAUGGUGCCAUUGGAGUAAUUGUUGGGCAUGAGUUUACCCAUGGAUUUGAUAAUAAUGGUCGUAAGUAUGACAAGAAUGGAAAUUUAGACCCCUGGUGGUCCACUGAGUCUGAAGAAAAAUUCAAAGAGAAGACAAAAUGCAUGAUUAACCAGUACAAUAAUUAUUAUUGGAAGAGAGCUGGCCUAAAUGUAAAAGGGAAGAGGACUUUGGCAGAAAACAUUGCAGACAAUGGAGGUGUGCGAGAGGCUUUCAGGGCCUAUAGGAAAUGGAUUGAAGAAAAGAGGCAAGGAGAAGAGGAGGCUUUGUUACCAGGCAUUGAAUUCACCCACAAUCAGCUCUUCUUUCUCAGUUACGCUCAUGUGAGAUGCAAUUCCUUUAGACCAGAGUCAGCAAGAGAGCAAAUCUAUACUGGAGUUCACAGCCCUCCUCAAUUCAGAGUUAUUGGUGCAAUGAGCAACUUCGAGGAGUUCCGAAAAGCUUUCAAUUGCCCAGUAAAUUCAACCAUGAAUAGAGGUUCAGAAUCCUGUCGGCUAUGGUAGAUGGUCCUUUUAAAUCCGGUGCCAGGAGAGGGGUUUUUUAUAUCUAUAUAUAUAAACUGCUGUUUCUGAACUCUAACCCACUGCUACAGCUUCAGAGCAACAUUCAGCAAUAUAGAGAGGUUUUAUUUUUUUAAUGCAUCUUCAUCAUCUGGCCGGGUGACCUGCACAGAUCUAAUCAUUGUCUGUUUAUGGUUUGGAAGCUUUAAAAAUUGGACAAGAGAAAGGAGAGGAUUCAGGAAAAAAGUUGACACUCCAUGAUUGGAUUGCUGUUGAUGGAUUGCUGCCGUUACUCAUUUUACUUCCUGAUUUAUAGUUUAGCAAGAGCAAAAUGGUAGAAUCCAAUUUUAAUCUAUUGCUUUGCAGGAGGGCUUAGCAAAAUGUUCCCAUACAAAAUUCAGUCCUUCCAGAUUUCUUUAGUUCAUGAGAACUGCUAUGUAGCCAGCGCUGAUCUCCUGUGCAAUACAGCAUUUUGAUAACAUGCGUUGUCAUUGCACAGCAUGCCAUAAAUGAUUUUGCAUGAUGUUAAGACACUAGAUCUUAUAUAAAUUCAAUUUAAGAAGUUAGAUCAAUGCCUGAGGUUGGAGUAGCUACUCAUUGUUUCCAUCCACAUUGACUAAACACAAAGGUUACUUGUCAAAUCCUGGGCGUUCUUCAUGAGUGCCUUAAUACAGAUGCUCCCCGACUUACGCAAGUGUUCCAUUCUGGAAUGCAUUGCAUAACUCGAAUUUUGCAUUAGUUGGGAACGUAUACCUGACAGUUAACACCCCCCCCCCCCCAACCUGUUUGUAGCUUCUGGAACUUUUCCUGUAAGUCGGGUUUGCGUAACCUGGAGGGCGUCUGUAGCACUGUAUGGCGAAAAUCUAUGAGUAGAAAUGAGGCUAGGUCAGGGAAUCCCUGUCAUUGGGAAACACUAGAAUAACUGCAUUAUUAUGUGUAGUCUUGAUUCCUGUUCCUAACAGGCACACAUUUACACACAUGGGGUGUAUUUCACUCUUGUAUACAGGGCCUGAACAAGGAUGCUGCACCAUUCACAUCUCAUGAAAGCCCCAAGCACUACCUAAGUCCUACUUGAGCCCCAGGGGCUAGGGUUUAAUGAGAUGUAUGUGGUGCACAUGUAACACCGAGAGACCCCGGUAGUUGGCGGGCGGGAUCGAACAUGGGGCCUCUGAAGCUUAGUGAAGGAGUCUCUACCACAUGAGGUAACAGCCAUAUAGCACUUAGCUAAGGCUGUAGCAGACUCGUUAAUCUCUCUCUAAGUGGUCUCGGUGCCACUAGAUGGGACAGAACACUACACCCAGAAGGUGUGUGGGUUACACACAGACUUGUGCUCAGUACCAGCGCUAGGCAUAAGUGGACUAAGCAAUUGCUCAGGGCUUCAAGCAGCUCAAGAGGGCCCCCUAUUCACUUUAGUAGUAUGUGUGGUGUGUGUGUGUUUGUGUGAGGGGCAAAAUAUUUCUGCUUAGGGCCCCCAACGGGCUAUCACUGCUUCUGCUUGUACUGGCCCUCUGCACAGGGGUGAAAUCCACCUGUAUCCAUUAGGAAAGGGGGAGAUGUGACUCAAGAACUUAGCUUCUACAAUGUUUGGCCUGUUUGCCUCAAAGAGAUAUUCAGAUGCAGUCAACUUUCCAGAUGCGGUAUGUAAUCAGGCAAUUAAGUUCUUCAUCUGAUUUCCACUGAUGUUCAUAAAAGUAUGUUUUCUAUUGUGUAAGCUAUAUUAUGUAGUAGUUAGGAAAGAAAAGCAAACAAAAAUAACCUCUUGCCCAAGGAAAUAUAUAGAGGUGGGUUUUAGGUAUACUGUACAGGGCUUACUUUCACAUUGAUAGAAGUUUUACUGUAGUAGUUUAAAAAAAAAUCUUCCCCUUUAAAUGGUUUGGCUUUUUAAAAAAUAUUAUCAGUAUAAAAACAAGGAGUAGAGGUUACUGAGUAAGGCUGAUUUAAAUUUUUCCAGCAAAACUGGCUUUAGUCAAAAAUCCAAUUUUCUAUUGAAUAAAAUUUUUCAUUACAGUUGUCUUGUUUUCUGUGUCUCUUAUGAAGGGAGGUGAGACACUGGGGAAAUGUAGUCUGCUCACGAAGCCUAGCCUAUAGAGGAGAAUGGGGGCAUGAGGGACCUGAACUACAUCUCCCAUGUGGCACUGCAACAGCAUUUCUGAAUCAAAAUAAUUUUUUUGAAUAAAAUAUUUCACUAAAAAGUCAAUUUUCUUCAGGAAGAAAAAAACAUUUGCCAACUACCUCUGAGUUCCUUGCCACUGAAGUGUACAGUAGUAAUUUUUUUCCUGAAGUUAUUUGCCAAAGAUGUCAUUAAGAUGGCCAGUAUUUCUUAUAGGGCCUUUAAUUGCAGAAACCAGGACUCUUUGUUUGAGUAAGUCCUAUUGAAUUACAUGGAACUACAUGCAUGAUAGAGUUGCUGUUAAGUUACUGGUUUUAGUAAAUUGACUAUUGAAUACAUUCAUGCUCAGGACAUGAAUAUUGACAUUAUUUAGGUUCACUUUGAAUAAGCAGUUUAAAGUUCAGGGGUGAAAUCUUGGCCCCAUUGAAAUCGGUAGGAGUUUUUACACUUACAUAAAUGGGACCAGGCUUAUCUCUAGAGUAUGCAAAAACAGUUUUGCAACAGUCGGUUUUCUUUGCUGCUAGGGAGUCUGGUAAAUUUCUUUUGUUUGCCUAAUGCUCACAGGAAAGCAGAACAAAAUAAUUAAACGCAUUCUUAGACAUAUGUUAACCAAAGAUAAUUAAAAUCAUAAUAAUGCCUCAUGAAGUCUCUUCUCGCUACCACUAUCUCAGUAGUCCCUUUUAUAGCUCUGAUCUGCUUUCCUAUUGUGCCUGUGUAUCACCAGUGUCUUGCUAUAACAAGUGUAAUAUUGUCAGUCCACCAACUAUGUCUAUCUUGCCAAAUGACUUUAUCAAAAACAUUUACUUCCUCCAGCUUCUAAAUUGCACUUCUGGGUAAGUUUUCGGAGAAUAUUGAAAAAAUCAGUGUAUUUCUCCUACCAACAGAUGAUGUUAUACUUUCCAGUGCCGGGAAGGUUGGAAAAGGUCCCACUAGUGUUCUUUUCACUUUAAAUGAAUAUCAUUGUUAAUAUGUUUGUUCAGCCAAUGUUCAAAUGUUAGGCUCCAGGUCAGGAUAAAUGGAAAAAUAUUGCCAUGUACAAUGCACAUGCAGAAUGUUUUGUAAUGUGUGAAUUUGAAGAGAUUUUCUUUUGUUCCAUGAAAAACAAAAACAAACAUAUUUUUGCUAGUGCACAUUUGGGCUCUGAUCUUUGAAAAGAAUUAGUCCCUGAUCUUGCAAAGACUUGUGCACACCUUAAAUUUUACACACUAUGAGUAGUUCUAUUGAUCUCACUGGGAUUACUCAGUGUGCAAAGUGAUGUAUGUGCAUAAGCCUUUGCAGGAGCAGGGUCUUACGUGCACGAGUAGCAUCACACAUGAGUAGUCCCAGUGAAGACACAGUUGUACUAUUCACCCAUGUAAAGUUACUCUGGUGUAUAAGUGAUUGCACUCUGAGCUGGAGUAGAGAAAGGUUGGUUAGUUUAAACCCAGCACCUAUACAAAUACCAUCUUUCACCUUGUGUAUGUGAACUUUUACAUUCUAAAAUUAGGAAUAAAAUGUAUAUGCUAAAUAUCUGAUUUAUAAACUAUUUAAAAGUUAUGUAUAAUUUUUCAUGAAGUAUUAUUCAACUGGUCACACACAUCAAGGGUAUAUUAUAUAUUACAUUACUGUGAAAUAUAUAAUUAUCUCAAAAGAAAUAAAUGACUCAAGGGCAGAGCCACUGACUUAAAAAGCCUUUUCUGAUUAUGUUUUUUCAUUUUGCUGGUCAGUCUAUUGUAUUCCCUGUUUUAAGUGCAAUCAAUCAAUAAAAAAGCCAUAUUGAU